UUAUGAAAGAAAGUCCUUUCCGUUUACCUCUGCACCAGACCUCGGUUCUUCUCCAAUUGUGAAUGGAUACCACGCCCACUCCCACCCUCCAUUUCUUAUAGAACAAAUGAAAAAAUCCAUCUAAUAAAAUGAUACCCAUCAUCAGGAGGCCUCGCUUGGAAUCCAUCGUCUCCAUAUUCGUUACCGUGCAUUCUCACGAGAUCCCUGCACUGCUUUCCUCCGCCUCCUGUUUCUUCUUUAUAUUGAGUGCAUAUUUCGUGGUACUGCCAUUGCGCGAUGAGGGAGCUAUUUCCCUGGGAAUAUCCAACUUGCCGAGUCUGUUUGUUGGGUCUCUAGUGCUCACUUUGAUAGCUGCCCCUCUUUCUACUCUCAUCUUCUCAUUGCCUAAUUUCUCCAAAUCCAAGGCUUUGGUUUUGAUACACAGAUUUUUUAGUAUAUCACUUGUUCUGUUCUUCAUCCUAUGGCGUUCCUCCUCUGUGGAGUAUUUACAGUCUAGAUCACAGGAUUCAGUUUUGUUACCUUCUGAACUAAAGGAGGAUUUGAAAGUUGAUGCUGAUCAAGCCAGUCCUUUUAAUUCAGUUGGAUGGGGAAAUCAUGGUUCGUUUUAUAUUUCUGUGAGAAUUGGAUUGUUUCUUUGGGUUGCGCUGCUUAAUCUCAUUACUAUUUCUUCAACUUGGGUUAGAAUAAUUGAUAUCAUGGACAGUGAGUCAGGCUCACGGCUGUUUGGUUUCAUUGGUGCCGGUGCAACACUUGGCCAGCUUUUUGGGUCUUUGUUUGCCACAGGAAUGGCUUGGUUGGGACCAUUUCUUCUCCUGUUUGCUGCUGUUUUCAUGGAACUAGCUGCACAGUCAUCCAAAGGGAUCAACAAAGAUAUACCCCACUCCCCUGAGGAAUUAUCUCCCAUCAGUUUUAGAACUACUAACUCAGACCAACGAGAUGAUGCUGAUCCGCAAGUCACAUCUGGUCUCAGAGAUUAUCCCAAAUUGACUACCUCUAGAGCAAAACCUCAGCUUUGGGCCAUCUUAGAUGGACUCCUACUUAUUUUGUCAUCAAACUAUUUGUUGCAUGUGUCUUUAUUCCUCUGGCUGAGUGCAGUUGUCUCCUCAUUCUUCUAUUUUCAGAAAGUGAAUGUAAUUGCCUUGACUGUUGCAAGCUCCGUCGGCAGAAGAAAAUUGUUUGCCCAGAUUAAUAGCUUUAUUGCUGUUUUUAUCCUUACUGGACAACUUAGCUUAACGGGGCGCAUUCUUACUGUUGCUGGGGUUACAAUGGCUAUAUGUUCAGCUCCAUUUGUUGCCUUAUUAAAUCUGGUUUCUGUUGCUGUAUGGCCAACUUGGAUAGUUGUUGCUAUUUCUGAGACCCUAAGAAAGGUUGUUACUUAUGUUGUAACCAGGCCUGGAAGGGAACUCUUAUUUACUGUUGUAUCAGAGGAUGAGAAAUACAAAGCAAAGGUAUGUAUAGAUGUGAUUGUCCAGCGACUUGGGGAUGCAACUGCAGCAGGAUUGUACAAACUUCUUCUCAGCACUCUGAAUGGGAAAAUAUCAGCAGUUGCUAUCUAUGCCGUCCCAGUUUGUUUAUUGUGGAUAUUCACUGCAUUCCACCUGGGACGCAAACAAGGGCAAUUAGCAAAACUGCAGGGCAUGUCAUCAUCCUGAAAUGUUGUUGAAGAUGACUCUUACUCAAAACCUAAGAUGAGGGAGAUGAAGCCCUCUUGUAUUCAUUUUUCAUAGUAAUAGUUAGUAAUAGAUGUAUUAUUAAUGAUUUAUUUAGUAGUAUUUAAAAGAUGAAUCCAUUCCAACCCACAAAUUAAUAAUUCAUUUUGGGUCCC